AACCAAAUGUUUCCCAUUGAUAACAAACUGAUAAGGAGUGCGAAUUUCGAUGUGACGAUUACAUAAUCCAUUGAGCACACAAAAUACUGCAUGAGAAUCGAAAAAAAUUUAAACUUUUAUUUUUCGAUUUUUGCCUGUUUUGGACCGUCUACAUGGGAAGUUUGUAUGAAAUUCUCGGAGCGCCGCUGCUAUGCAUUGGCUUCUAUGGCAAAAUGUACACAUGGAAAAAUCUCGAAAACGACUAGGUUAAUCGGCAAAAUGGACCAUGGUGUCACUCUCUUAAGGAAGUGUUAACACCCGGCUGGUUUGAUGGUCUAAAAUAAAAAUCCGGUGGAAUUUCGACUGAUCCAUGGAUUCUCAGGAUUUGACCUGAUUCCAGCACUUCAUUUUUUAUGUGCAUCUGUAAAGUAAUUUUAUCUAUGUUACCACAACGCAAACCAACUGAAGUGCUUAUUAUAUUUCGAAAUAUUUCCAUGUGUAAAUAUUUAAUAAUAUUAAGUAUUCAAUUGCGUGGCAAAAAUCGAAAAAAAGUUAAAAAAAUUUCUUCACGAUUCUCAUGCAGUAUUUUGUGUGCUCAAUCCAUUGAUGAUACCGCCACAUCAAAAUUCGCACUCCUUAUCAGUUUGUUAUCAAUGGGAAACAUUUGGUUCCAGACAAAUAACAUCACCAUCUUUUUACUCAAAUAUAUUUCUUCCAAUAACUACUCUAAUAAGAUAUCAUGAGUUCAUUUGAAAAUACAAUACUGCAUAUUCAAAAAUGCAACAAAAAUAUAUGAAAUCUUUUGAAUUUAAGUUCGGGGUUUUCAAAAGUAAAUGGGAUAACGACACAACUGAAAAUAAAUUGGCUCGUCUUGAUGGCACCAAUAAACCAAUGAAACAUACAACAAUAGAAGACUAUUUACAAAUGGAUGGUUGGGAACCGCCUCCAACAUCUACUAAUGGCAAGAAGCGUGUUCGAUGGGCUGAUUUAGAGGAGAAACGAGAACAAGACAAACAACGCGCUAUCGGAUUUGUUGUUGGCCAAGGAUGGAGUAACUUGAUUGAUCAACCACGAGACCAUUCACAUGCGUUAACAAAAGUCAAAUACAUUGAAAAAGUUAGAAAAAAUUGAAUCCACGAACCAACAGUUGCAAUGAUAGACUAUUAUUGAACCUUAUUAUUAAUAAUAGAGUGUUAUUGAUAGUUCGUGAACGAAAACAAUUGCAUUUAUGUUUCAUCGUUUUCAUAUUUGUAACUUUAUAGCUAGUGUGACAAAAUUGAAAUAAAUUAUAUUUAAAGUACUCAGCA